ACAAACGCCGCGUAUUUGCUUCAAAUGAACCGUCGCCUCCUCGGCAACCGAUAGGACAGCCAUCGCUUGCCCCGCCCUUCGAGCGCUGCAGAGCCGUGAGCCGCUUCUCUUAGCAACACACCUUUCUUUCCGUCACGCCAUUUUCUUCGUGCGGCGGGCAGAGCUCCGAAUUCGUGGUGUCGGUGGGGAGAACAAAUACGGACCAGACAUGCACAGAGACUGCCCUCUUGACUGCAAAGUCUAUGUUGGCAAUCUUGGCAACAAUGGAAACAAGACGGAACUAGAAAGAGCUUUUGGCUAUUAUGGCCCACUCCGCAGUGUUUGGGUGGCAAGGAACCCCCCAGGCUUUGCAUUUGUAGAGUUUGAAGAUCCCAGAGAUGCAACUGAUGCAGUGCGUGAGCUUGAUGGAAGGACAUUGUGUGGUUGCCGAGUUCGAGUGGAGCUGUCCAAUGGUGAAAAACGCAGCCGCAACCGUGGUCCUCCGCCUUCCUGGAACAGACGUCCUCGAGACGAUUACAGACGUCGAAGCCCACCACCCAGGCGAAGAUCCCCCCGCAGGAGGAGUUUCAGCCGUAGUCGGAGCAGGUCCCUCUCCAGAGAAAGGAGGAGAGAGCGAUCCGUUUCCCGGGAUAGGAACCACAAACCCUCACGGUCUUUCUCUAGAUCGAGGAGUCGCUCCAGGUCAAACGAGAGGAAGUAAGGACACGUGGCUGUCAGGAGUGAAGGGAUCAGAAGAUGAAUGAUGAACGGUUGUGCUGGAUUUAUGUGAAGAACUUAAGCCAGACCAUGUCCCCCUCUCCCCCAAAAAAACACAAAAAAAAACUUUAUAAAUAUUUUAGAGGUCUAGGGUUUUGUUCCUUCUAAUGUGAUGUAAUGCUCCUUAUUCUUGGUUUGUAUAUUUCAUUGUGUGGGUAUGUCCAGGAGUAAUUCUUUACCCGGGUCUUGUUAAUUCUCUUCAGUACUGAAACCUAGUUGCUCCACCCAGCAUUCCAAUCACAAGUGAAUCACUUAAACACUUUCUUUUGUCAAUGAAUGUACUUUGUAGUUUGACAUAGCUUAGUAGUUGUCCAUUAUUCAUGUGUAAACGCCAACUGAGUUUUGUGACUGAAAAAAAAGCCGUGUGAAAGGAAGUCUCCCUAUUUUGACCCACUGUUUAGCAACGUUAUUUAUCUACGACAUUCAUGGGGAAGGUCCCUGUUAGCAAGGGUUAGUCAGUUACAAUGAUGGCAAUCAGAUUUGAAGUGUUUUCCUUUACUGAUGAAGAGGAUGUAAUCAACACAAGUUUUGGUUUUUGACCAUAAAAAAAACUGUCCACUGUAUUUUCUUCGAUCUUUGUAAUUUUCUCUUCAUUAAAAAAGAUGU